GUGUCGGCGGCAGCGCGGGCGCCUGAGGAGGAGGAGGAGAAGCGGUGCCAGAGGCAGCAUGGUCUACCGAGCAUCAUGGGGCCUGACAGAGUGACUGCCCGAGAACUGUGUGAGAACGACGACCUGGCCACCAGCCUUGUCCUCGACCCCUACCUCGGCUUCCGCACCCAUAAAAUGAACAUCAGCCCUGUGCCCCCUUUGCGGCGGCGACACCACCUGCGUUCAGCACUGGAGGCUUUCCUUAGGCAGAGGGACCUGGAAGCUGCAUACCGGGCCUUGACUCUCGGAGGCUGGAGGACCCACUACUUCCAGAACCGGGGCCCACGGCAGGAGGCUGCCCUCAAGACCCACGUUUUUCGCUACCUCCGUGCCUUUCUGCCUGAGAGCGGCUUCACUAUACUACCCUGUACCCGCUACUCCAUGGAGACCAAUGGGGCCAAGAUCGUGUCUACUCGUGCUUGGAAGAAGAAUGAGAAGUUGGAGCUACUGGUGGGCUGCAUUGCAGAGCUGCGCGAGGCGGACGAGGGGCUGCUCCGGGCUGGGGAGAACGACUUCAGCAUCAUGUACUCCACCCGCAAGAGGAGUGCCCAGCUGUGGCUCGGCCCGGCGGCCUUUAUCAACCAUGACUGCAAACCCAACUGCAAGUUUGUGCCCUCAGAUGGGAAUGCCGCCUGCGUCAAGGUGCUUCGGGACAUUGAGCCGGGUGAUGAGGUGACCUGCUUCUAUGGCGAGGGCUUCUUCGGUGAGAAGAACGAGCACUGUGAAUGCUACACUUGUGAGAGGAAAGGAGAAGGAGCUUUCCGACUUCGACCCAGGGAGGCUGAGCUGCCACCACAGACCCUGGACAAGUACCAGCUCCGAGAGACCAAGCGGCGGCUGCAGCGCGGCUCAGACGGCAGCCCGCGGGCCUGCGCCCACCUGUCCCCACUGCGCUGGGACCCCUUCUGUGCCACCUGCCAGCCCCCACGCCUGCUGCCCGCCAGCCCCCACCUGGACUACUUGCCUCUCUGGCUCCAGUGGCUGCCGCAACCCCAGCCUAGAGUGCGCCCCCGGAAGCACCGCCGCCCCCGGCCGCGCCGGACCUCGGCGCCCCCCGCCCUCCAUGCUGCCUAUGUCUCUCUGCACCAGUGGGGAGGCUGUGGCCCUCACUGCCGCCUGCAAGCUGAGGCCGUGGUGGCCCUGAGGCUGCCCCCCCGCGCGCGCUGGCCCCUCCAGCAGGACUGGCACUGGGCCCGGCUCUAUGGACUGCCUUAUGUGGCGCGCGUGGACCUUAACCGCCUGGCCCCAGCCCCACCAGCUAUCCCUACCCCUGCUGGGACCCCAGGCCCUGUCCCCACCCCUGUCCCCAUCCCUAAGCAGGCCCUUGCCUUCACACCCUUCUCCCCACCCAAGCGCCUGCGGCUCGUGGUCAGUCAUGGCUCCAUUGACCUGGAUAUCAACACUGAUGAGCCGUGACAGUCCGGGAGGACAGGAGUCUCUCUCUUGGGCCCCCUCUGGAAGGGCAGGGAGCUCAUCUCAGCCCAGGUCUGAUCCUGGGAACAGGGCGUUGGUUAGGAUAUUCCCAGGGAUGUGAUCACCUGACCCUCCAUGACUGCUAACCCCUGAGCCAACCCCACUCCAGCAGGGAGCCCUGGCCGUUUGCUGUCUCCCUCCUAGACCCGGCCCCCACCUCAGGACUGCAGGAGCCAUCCCCUUCCCUUCAGCUCCUUCCCUCCCCAGAGAGCAAAGCCAUAAGGGGGUGGGGGCCGCCCCAUGGCAACUCCCGAUAAACCCAGGCCUCAAGAGGAACUGAUUUGGGGGGUGGCCCUCUCAGAGCUGCCCCCCACAAUGGGGAGUGGGUUUGUCCUCAGCAUUGCAGCUGAUGGGAGGUAGGGGCAGGUUGGGUGGGUGGUGCCCCAGGGGCACAUCUUACUCCUACCCUAUGGGUCUCAGGGAGGCUGGGUGCGACCUCAUCUUUCUCAUGGUGCUACCCCUGGUGCUACUGGGGUGUGGAGGAGGCUCUCUCCCCUCCCCACACCAGAAUGGGGUAUGUUGGGGGAUUGGAAGCACUUGAACUUUUUAUUAAAGCCUUGUUAUAAGCAA